AUGGAUGCAUCCUUCAAGAUGGAUAGAGACCAGUCAGAAAAGAUGAAGGGCACGAGCCCGGAAGCACUUCACUACUCGAGUUUGGCGCGCAGAGCCCUUGGUAAAGGGCCUCAACCUUUCUCUGCCAUAUUAUCUUCUCUGCUUAAGAAAAACAACAGCCCCACAUCCCACACAGGACCACAGCCUUGCGGAAACCUCCUGCACCUCCUCGAGCUAUGGAUCUGCUUCUCCUUGAGACCCAGCUCAGAAGUACUCCCUGCUUCCCUGUUGCUCCUUAGGCGCCCGGAGCCCUUGGCACCUCACUUUAGGUGCUUUGCCUGUUCUGCUUUGCAAAGCCUUACUCCUCACCUCCCGCUGGGCUGUAGUGUAGAAGUGUGUUUGCCAGGUAAAGAGAAAAGAGGAAAAGGCCAGCGCAAGGCUCGCGGGAAGCAGCAGAAGAAAGCAGAGGUGGACAUCCUGAGCCCCGCGGCCAUGCUGAACCUCUACUACAUCGCGCACAACGUGGCCGACUGCCUGCACCUGCGCGGCUUCCCCUGGCCCGGUGCGCCCAAGGGGAAGAAGGGGAGGAACAAGACUUAGGGGACAGCACCCGCCAGCGCACCUCUGGAACGGAGAACAGAACUUGGGGAAGAGAAAUCAGGAUAACACGACUAUUGCAAGCAAAAUAGAUUUUACCGAAGACAACUUGAUAUGCAGGCUCAGUGUGCUUUUCUGUGGUAGCUAAUGAUUAAGGAAUGCAUUUUACUUCCUCAGCUAAGCCAGCCAGGGUUAGCCACUUGGGUUUUUCAGAAGUUGGGCGGUGGGAGGAGAAUGAGUAAUUCCUACACAGUAUGGUGGAAUUGAUAGUACUUUAAAAAUUAUUAUAACUCUGGGUCAGAAUUAAACCUUGCUCUCAAAGGGAGUUCUAGUUUGCAUGGGUUUUCUUUUGCCAACAGGGGUUUGUUAUUUGGAGAAGUCACAGCAGAAAGCACAGGAUUUCCUUAUGAACAUUCCUUAAUUGGGCACUAUUUCCUUUUUUUCUUUUUUUUCUUUUGUUUUAAACGGAAAAUAAUAAAUAUUUUUUUUCUAUAA